AUGAUGAAGGGAAGACUAGCUAGAAAGGAGCUAGAACAGCCGUACCAAAAAUUUUAUAGACUGUUAAUUGCUACUGCUCAGCCAAAGAGCCCUAAUCGAAGGAAGUGCAAUCAUAAAUGUUUAUUAUGCGUUUUCGAAUGUCGAAUAAUGCAAGCAAACAGAAAAGGAAAACAGUGGAAAGAGGAGGGGAAGGAGAAGGAAGAAAAAGGAUGUGGGGAAGUGCAAACCGGAUCAUCAAGAUCGACAUCAAUUUCCGGAUGGAAGAAGGAAAAAGGAAAACCAAAUCUAUCUAUCAACAUCCUUCACACCGAUUGGCCAGUAAUUUAUUCGGAAGGCGCAUAG